UAUGUAAUCUCUCAACAAACAUAAAUAUUUACCCAACAAUGACUCUGCUGGUACAGGAGAUACAUGUAUCAUGGACAUUACAGCCACACACCUGACCAGCUUUCCUGGGAAAAGUCAAGAUUGGUGCCCUUUGAGAAGGCUUUGUCAUGAUACUUGGACAUACGACCUCCAGCAAAGUUUCAUGAAUGCCAAUAAAGUGUUUUAGUAAAAAGGGAAUUUUGAGCAAUUGCAUGCAGAGAGAAAUUGAGAGUCGGGGAUGACACACAGUAAAUAUUGUAGCUGACAAUUUCGAGAGGAGCUGCUAUUCUGUAUUGGAGAUCUACAUAGCGAAGAUGGAGAAUUCAUGUGGAUAUAUCAUUUUAACAUUUAUGUUUAUUUCAUGUUACAUUUUUCAUUAUUGUACAGCAGUAACGUACACAGUAGUUGAAGAAGGCAAACCUAAUUCUGCUAUUGGUAACAUUGCUGUGGAUUUUAACUUUACCGUUUAUAUAAAUGAAGGAAGAUCAUUGAGAUUCAGUUUCCUGAACCAGGAUCAACCUCACGUGUCGUAUUUCAACAUUUCGGAAAAUACUGGUAUUUUGUACACUGUUGGAGUUCUUGAUCGAGAAAAUAUUUGUGAUCAGCCUGUGCAAUGUUCAGUCAUACUGGAAAUCGCAGUAACAGCAACAAAGAGUUCAUUUUUUGACAAAGUGAAGGUUAAUGUGACGAUUGAGGAUGUGAAUGACCAUGCUCCUAACUUUUCCAAACCGUUUGAAAUCAUUUCAUUUUCUGAAUCAUCAGUCAUAGGAACUUCAUUUACAGUUGACGGAGCUGUCGAUCCAGAUAGCUCUAAGUUUGCAGUGAAAUCCUAUAACAUCAGACCAACUGGUUUACCAUUUUCGACAAAGUUUAUCACAAAUCUUGAUGGAACUGCUAGCGUUCAAAUCAUAGUCAGUGGAGAGCUUGACCGAGAAAGUAAAGAUCAUUAUGAAAUUCAACUUCAUGCAGCAGACGGUGGAACUCCACCAUUAACUGGAAUUCUUCCUAUAAAUAUUACAAUCACAGAUGUAAACGACAAUUUCCCAGAAUUCACUAACAAAAUGUACAAUGCCUCUGUAGAGGAAGAUAUCUCGGUUAAUUCUACGAUUUUGCAUGUAACUGCGAAUGAUCUGGAUAUUGGAGACAACAGUAAAAUCAUAUACAGUUUCGCUGCCCACCAGCCUCAGGACAUCGAAUCAUUGUUCUCAAUUCAUCCCGAAACAGGUGAAAUCAAAACAAUAGGAAGGUUGGUUUACAGCCCAGGACAUCAAUAUCAAGUUAUUGUGGAGGCAAGCGAUUCUGGUGUGCCGCCGAAAACAACCCAGGCACUUGUGUAUGUACAUGUACAGGAUGUUAAUAAUAAUGCGCCAAAAAUAAAGCUGAAUUUACUGUCCUCGUCAAAAUUCGCUAAAAUUUCAGAACAUGCAGACAUUGGAGCUGUUGUUGCUUUGAUUGGAGUUACCGACGAUGAUGUCGGCUGGAACGGAAUUACCAACUGCACGUUAGAAAGCGAUACAUUUUCACUUCAAAAGUCAGACGUUAAUGAGUACAAAGUUAUUGUAACAAAGCCCUUAGAUCGUGAAAAGAAGUCUCUUUAUAAUGUCAGUGUGUUCUGCGAGGAUCUCGGAACUCCUCCAAUAAAUUCAACAAGCAGAUUUAAUGUUUCUGUCAUUGAUGAAAAUGACCAUGUUCCAAUAUUUUCACAGCAAAAUUAUAAAGUAACACUAAAUGAAAACAAUAAUUAUGGGGAUGUUAUUUUAACUGUGUCAGCUUUUGAUGCAGACAUAGGCAACAAUGCUAAAAUACAUUAUGAAUUAAGAAGUGAAUCAUGGACUGAUUUUAUCAUAGAGCCAACUGAUGGGACAAUUCGUGCAAUGAAACCCUUUGACAGGGAGGAUCAGGAUCUUUAUGAAUUUUUUGUGCUUGCAAUUGAUGGCGGCAAAGAGCCGCACACAUCUACUGCAACUGUAACUUUGACGAUCCUAGAUGAAAAUGACAACAGACCGAAUUUCGAGCUGGCACAUUACGAUUUUAAGGUUCCUGAAAAUCAUCCCCAGGAAAAGGUUGUCGGACAAGUUGUUGCUAUAGACAAAGACUCUGAAAAUAAUGGAAUUGUUACUUAUAAUAUUGCUGAAAAUUCUGAAAUUGCUUUGCCAUUUAAGCUGGACCCUAAUGGAUUCUUAAAAACUAAAAUUCCACUGGAUAGAGAAUUUGAGAACCGAUACGAUUUUACGAUUGUUGCAACUGAUCAAGGAUCCCCAAAAAGACUUAGCUCCUCUGUUAAUGUAAGUGUGUUUGUCAGUGAUACGAAUGAUAACGGACCUUUUUUUCGGGUACCCGACAAAUCUGGCCAUGUAGUUCAUGUAUCGGUGACAACUCCUGUAAACACACCGCUUUAUCUUAUCAAAGCUUUUGACGUUGAUGAAGGCAGAAAUGCUGAACUGAUAUACAAAAUUGAGGACCGCAAUGAUACAAAUAUUUUCGAUAUCAACGACAUGGGUCAAAUACUUGUUGCACGACCAAUAGAAAAGGGGGAGAUUAAUUUGUACAUGAUUGAAGUAGUUGUUUACGAUAGGGGAAGUCCACAAAAUUACGCAAAAACUAGACUAAUGAUGUCGGUUACAGCUGCUAACAAGACAACAACGUCUCCCGUCAAAGAAGGUUUACACAGCCAGAAUUUGCUUAUAGCCUUGACAGUUGUCAUAGUGACAGUGGUUCUGGCUGCAACUAUUGUGGUCACAAUAUGUGUGAUUCGUAGAAUGGAUAAGAAAAAGCAGGAAUUUUUUGGCGCCGAUUGUAAUAGUGAUCAUUCGUCUGAGGCAGAAGUGGCUCCUGGCUUGCAAAGUGAUGGACAAAAGGAUUUUUACUCUGGACCAAAUAACACAACUCACUUGGCUCCAGUUGUGUCACACAUGUCUCUAGAUAGAAGUUCUAUUACCAAAGAUUACAUCUACAAACCCAGAAUGAAUACGCCAACUCCAUCGGUGACCUCAGCCGUAGACCCUGCAGAUGUAGACAUGCAGAUUCAGGGUAACAGGGUAUCACAUGAUAACAGUGCACCAAGUGUCAACCGACUAGCAUCUCUACGGCUACACCAGGCUCUCAUACAGUCACAUGACAAACAGUGGACCAAUCAUAACGAUAGUGAGCAAAAUAAUGACAUGUACUUGUCAAGACCAGGGGCAGAGGACACACAUAGUCAGCUGUCAGAGGAUGGUGACAGUGGGCGUGGCGGCUCAGUCAGUGAUGGACAUAUGGGAAUCUCUCAAGAUGCAGAUGAUUUAAGGAUAAUGCAGUUACAGAACAUCGUCCGUCAGAGUGGGCGUCGAGGUACACCACCACACUUACAACGUCAAGACUUCGACAAUAAAUACCCGCAGAAACCCUCUAACCUUACACCUAGAGACAACCAGUCCAAUCUCACUCCUAGAGACAAUCACAUGAACCAGUCAAAUUCUAAUAGUCAGAGUGACCAGUCAUUUGAAAGUAGAAAAUUAAAUCCAUCGUAUUCUAGAUCAAAUACAGACCUUUAUAAUACUAAUAAUGAUAAAAAUUCAAACAUUCAAAGUUAUCCCUCAUACCAGGAAAAUAAUGGUACAACAAAAACUGUGACAUUUUGUAACAAUCCACAAAAAGUGAAAUCUGGUCCAGGAAUACAAAUGGGAUUAUCGUCGUUUUCCAGUCAACAUCAUCCACACAGUUCCCGACACAAGCCGCAUCGGCAACACUCGUUUGACACAUCUGACAAUUGCAGAUAUUCCCCAAAUUAUUCCAAGUCGGAGCAUAACAGGAUGUUUCCACAUAAUAAUAGACAAUUGGAUGAAACUAUGGACAGUAUUACAACAACAGCAUAUGAUGAUGAUGAUAAUACAACCACGUCAGGAAGUUAUACAAUAGAUAAUAAUGCUAAUGAAGACUUUAUGGAAUUAAAUGUUUCACAGUUGAAAGAUAUUUUUGUCUAAUGUAAAUAAUGAUGCAAGGGAGACUAGUACAGUUUGGCCAGUGAUUGAAUACUUACAUAUUGUCUCCCUUUGCUGUGGUCACUUGUUACUAUAAAGAAUUUUAAUUUUGUUUUAUCUUUACACAAUGAAUAUUUUCCUCAAUUCAGAUAGGCUGGGUUAGAAGUUAUGAUGCACAUUUUUACUCUUCCUGAAAUCACAAUAAACAUAGCCAUGUUUUAAUUGUUCAGAAAUGAAUUGGUAUACAGUAACAUGUACUAUUAAAGUAGUAUUGCUAUUAGUUUCAUCUGAGUGAAAAUUCUGAUAUUUUUUUUUGCAAUGACUAAAUGAGGAGAAAUCUUAUGCCCUUUUGUCAUUUAAAACUUUACUUGCCAAUUGUUGAGUUUUGUUGCAUUUUGUACACAUGGAUAAAAAAAAUACUUAGAUGAAAAA